AUGGCAGCGCGCCGUGCUCUCGAAAACGGGUCAACCUCAGAUGAGCGUGCGCCUUUGCUUGCGCCCUCGCGAUCUGAAGACGUUAUUGCUGCGCCGACAGAAGAAGAAGAGCUGGCUGCAAAACCUCAAUCGGAAGCGUCCAAGCGGCGGGAGUACGGCUGGCGAGGCUUCUGGAUUGUUGUCGCUAUUCUCAUCGUUGCUUUAUUCGUAAAAGGAUGGAUCGAGUCGGAUGAUGUUGAUUUUGAUCUCAAAGGAGCUUUGAUGCGUGCCCUAGGUGGGGGUGUAAGUGGUGCGGCCGCGAUGGUUUUGCAGGUCCUGCUGUUAAUGCCGAUACGGACUAUCAUGAACUACCAGUACCGCCAUGGAACUUCGUUGACUGUCGCAACGAAGACACUGUAUCGGGAUGGCGGGUAUGGCAGAUACUACGCAGGAAUGGGGGCCGCAUUAUUUCAGGGUCCCAUCGCACGUUUCGGAGAUACAGCAGCCAAUGCUGGCAUCCUGGCUCUUUUGCAGUCCAAUGGAUACUUGGCUGGGCUACCAUCACCAAUUAAGACGAUUUUUGCGUCUCUGUGCGCUGCCGCCUUCAGAAUGAUUCUCACUCCCAUCGAUACUUUGAAAACCACUCUCCAAGCCGAAGGACCGCGCGGAACUACCCUGCUUCGUCAACGCAUCAAGACCAAUGGAGUUGGUAGCCUGUGGUGGGGUGCUUUUGCAACAGCUGCUGCAACUUUCGUUGGCCACUACCCUUGGUUCGCUACAUACAACUUUUUGUCUGAAACAAUCACCGAGCCUCCUAGGAGCAACAUUGUCCCGUGGCUUCUUAGGGCAGCGUUCAUUGGGUUUUGUGCUUCGGUAGUCUCGGACACGAUAUCGAACUCGCUACGUGUGGUUAAGACAUAUCGUCAAGUACACGACACCCAAGUUUCCUAUACUGAAGCUGCAAGGCGAAUCAUUCGACAAGAUGGCAGGCGGGGUUUGUUUGGGCGAGGUUUGAAGACAAGAAUCAUCGCAAACGGUCUGCAAGGUAUCCUCUUUUCUAUCUUGUGGAAGCUGUUCUUGAAGAUUUGGGAGGACAAGACUGGCGACAGCAAACAUGCGCAUUGA